AUGGCGGACAUUAAAACCCAAACCGACACUGAGGUGCACAUGGUCGAUCACGUCGGCACCUCCUCGGCCUCACCGUCACCCCUCGAGCAAGGCUCUCAGCAAUUCGAGCCCACCACUGCUUUAGACCACAAAGAUCCCGCCUUUCUGCCGACAAUCACGCAGAGCAAAGAUGCUGCCACUACACCCGAUGCCGCCGAUGUCGACACCGAAUCUGCCUCCCGCCAGCCAAACGCACCCGCUUCCGUCUUGUUUGUAGCCGCUCUGAACGCCACCGUCAUCACAACGGCCAUACCCACAAUUGUCGCCUCUCUCAACAGCCCCUCAGGGUACUCCUGGAUUGGUGGCGCCUACCUGAUCGCCAACGCCGCUGCCGCACCGAUAUGGGCCAAGCUCAGCGACAUCUGGGGCCGCAAGCCGAUUCUACUUGCUGCUGUGGCCAUAUUUGCUAUGGCGAGCGUGGUCUGUGCCACAGCGCAGAGUAUGAAGGCGCUGAUUGUGGGACGGGCGUUCCAAGGGUCGGCCAGUGGAGGUUUGAUCAUGUUGACGAAUGUGGUGGUCAGCGAUAUUUUCUCGAUGAGGGAGCGGGCGCUAUGGUGCUGGUGGAUCAAUCUGCCAGUAUGUGGCGUGGCGGGGACGUUGUUAUUGUUCUUCCUGGACGUGCAUAACCCGAGGACGCCGCUGAGGAAAGGUGUCAAGGCUAUUGAUUGGGCUGGCAGUCUGAGCAUUCUGGCGGUUGUGAUAAUGCUGUUGCUGGGACUGGACUUUGGCGGCGCGACAUUCCCUUGGGACAGUCCGAAGGUCAUCUGUUUGAUUGUAUUCGGUGUGGUAUGCAUCCUAAUCUUCGUCUUCGCGGAGAAGAAAGUGGCGAGGUAUCCUUUGAUGCCAAUGGGCAUCUUCAAAGAGUCGAGCAAUGUCGCGAGUCUACUGGUAACAGCAUGGCAUGGCAUGAGCUUCAUCGCUGGGGAAUACUACUUCCCACUAUACCUGCAGAGCGCCAAAGCAGCAAGUCCGCUGCGAUCGGGUGUUCUGCUGGUGCCUUUGAUUGUGAUGACGGCUGGUUGUGGUGUCCUCACUGGCAUCAUCAUGCAUCGCACUGGAAAAUAUCGCGAACUAGGCUGGAUCGGUACUGUUCUCCUGACCGCUGGAUUCGGCGCUUUUAUCAGCUUGCGACCCGAUACCUCAAUCGCGGCGAUGGUGGGCUUCCAGCUCAUUGCAGGUGCCGGAUCCGGAUUACUCUUUGAACCGCCCUUGGUCGCGCUCCAGGCUCACAUUGAGCAAGACAACGUUGCUACAGCCACAUCUACCUUCGCUUUCAUCCGCAGUCUGGCUCUGGCUGUGUCCAUUAUACUGGGUGGUGUCGUCUUCCAGAACAGCAUGGACAAUCGUAGCGAUACUCUACGAGCUUCAGGCCUUCCAGCUGAUCUGGUAGAGGCGCUCAGCGGGAAGAAUGCGGCUGCGAACGUGAUGCUGACGCAUACGAUCACGGAUCCGACACAGAGAGACGUAGUGAAGGACGCAUUCGCGUGGAGUCUGCGUAACAUGUGGAUCAUGUACACGGUGAUUGCCUUCCUCGGCGUGAUCAGCAGCGGCUUCGUAAAGCAGAAAGAAUUGAGUAAAGAGCAUACAGAAACAGUGACCGGAUUGAAGGAGAAGAGUGUGGAUGCGUUGUUGCAUCCGUUACAAGCUGUGAGAAGCCAUGUCAGUGGGGCAGGAGGCACUGCUGCUGAAGAGCAGGAACGACGAACGGUGGCGGAGGAAGUGGCUCGAUGA